AGCCACGAAGCUGCGACUAGGUAUCAUUCAGGAUUUAUUCGUCCAGAGAGAUACUUCCUUAAACAACCAAAAUGAAAUCAAUCAUCUUGGCUCUCGCUUUCAUUGGUGCUGCCUCAGCUUCCUACCUUGCCCCAGCGGGUUAUGCUGCCCCAGCUCUUGCUACCGCAGCACCCUUAGGCUACUCAGCAGCCCCACUUGGCUACUCAGCUCUUGCUGCUGCUCCAGCUUUCGCUACUGCCGCUCCAGCUAUUGCCACCGCCGCUCCAAUCGCCUACUCAACUCCAAUUAUUAAGAGCGCCGCUUAUGCUGCUCCAGCUAUCACUGCCGCGCCAGCCCUCGCCACCGCUGCUCCAAUCGCCUACUCAGCCCCAAUUAUUAAGAGUGCUGCUUAUGCUGCUCCAGCCUUUGCUGCUGCCCCAGCCAUCGCCACCGCUGCUCCAAUCGCCUAUUCAGCUCCACUUAUUAAGAGUGCUGCUUAUGCUGCUCCAGCUAUCACUGCUGCUCCAGCCAUCGCUACCGCUGCUCCAUUAGCCUACUCAGCACCUCUUAUUAAGUCUGCUGCCUACGCUGCUCCUUUGGGCUACUCAGCUUCAGCUGCCAUCGCUGCCCCAGGCUACGGAUACGCUGGUUAUGGUGCUUCCCCAUUCGGUCUCUGGAAGAAGAAGGCUGCUGCUUAAAAUCCUGAUGAGCGAUAUGUGUUCAAAUAAAUAAACCUAUUUAAAUAUAAUUUUCCUACCGUUA